UCGCAGAGGUUGUACUACAGAUUGGUGGCUUUGGUGCAUCAUGGCGAAUAACUACAAUAACAAUGGCAAUGCUCUGUUCAACAGGAAUUGCUACAAUUGUGGCCAACCAGGCCACAUCUCGAGAUUUUGUGCACUUCCGGACAAGAGACUCAAUGGACCAGGUGCUACGAGCUCGGCGAUUGUUCCUUACAAUCACACGGCUAAUUCUGGUGGUUCAUAUGGUGGUCAGUAUGCUGCGCUGAGUUUUCUUCGUCAACGAGUUGCAGAAUUAGAAGACACAGUUCAGAAGAUCAAGACUAAGUACGAGGCAGACGAAGCUAAGGAGAAAGCAGAACUAGAAGAAGAAGCAAAAAAGAAACGCGAGAAAAAAGAGGAAGAGAGACGAGAACGGGAGAAAAAGGAUCGAGAAACCUUUCACGAAACAAUUAUCAAGGAACUGUCGACGAAGCUAGAUGCGGUGGUGGGUGCUAUCAAAAAGAAGAGUGACGAGAGUGAGGUAGUCAAGUUGAAAGCGGAGAUCGAGCGUUUGAAGUGUGCACAGUCGAUCGUCGGUCCAUCUACUACCAUCGAGAAGCUGUCAACCGAAGCAGAAAUCUUCGAGAAAUUUAGACGUGAACAGAUCGCGAUGAAGGCAGACUCCGAUCGAAGGUUUGCCAUACUUGAGGAGGAGAUUGCCAAAGCCAAUAGGCUCCGAGAUGAAGCGGUAGCCGACGCUGAGGCAUGAAAAAAUGAGGCGUUGCGACCAGGUAACAAACGAGGUAAUCUCGU